AUGUCAUUCAGAUCCCAGACUGUGGAGCAGCAGAACCUCUGCCAUCAGUUCUCGGAGAUCACGCAAGCAAGUCCUGAAGUUGCAGCGAGCAUCCUGAGGAAGUGCAAAUGGAACAUCCGACAGGCAAUCGAGGUGUACUGGGAGAGCGCCGACUUCUGCUCUCCCGCUGUUGACAGCUCGGCCAUCGAAGCGCUGUUUGACAAGUACAAGGACUCGGACGACAACGCCAUAGGCGUUGACGGUCUGAUCAACUUCUGCAACGACCUGGAGAUUCCUCCCGACGACCUGCGGAUGCUUUACUUCUGUUACAACCUCAAGGCCAAGAGCGCGGUAAGAUGGACCAACGCGGAGUUCGUGCAAGGCCUCAAGCACAUGCGGUCUGAGCUUUCAAGUCCCAGCAAAUUCAAAGAUUUCUACGCGUACGCCUUCGACAUCUCUCGACAAGAUGGGCAGAAGGUUCUUGACCUACAAACAGCCAUACAGCUUUGGAGGAUGUUGUUAGAGGGACGAUUCGAUCAUCUGGACCUAUGGUGUGAAUACCUCGAGAAAGUGUACAACAAGGCGAUUACCAAAGACACCUGGCAACUCACCCUUGAGUUCUCGCAAACUGUGAAUGAGGACUUCUCAAACAUCGACCUGGAAAACAGCGCGUGGCCAGUGGUGAUUGACGAGUUUGUUGAGUAUUGCAGAGCCAAGGUGCCCUCGUAA